GCAAGCGAAGAUAUAAUAUCAAGUUGUGGAAAACUUUUACAGAUUGCUUCAAUUGCUUGCCCAUUGCCGCUAUUAUUGACGAGAAAAUCUUUACCAUGCAUGGCGGUUUAUCACCCGAUCUCCAGAGUAUGGAACAAAUUCGAAGAGUUAUGAGACCUACAGACGUGCCCGAUACUGGUCUAUUGUGCGAUUUGUUGUGGUCUGAUCCUGAUAAAGAUAUCACUGGUUGGAGCGAAAAUGAUCGUGGCGUAUCGUUUACAUUUGGUCCUGACGUUGUCAGCCGGUUUUUACAAAAGCAUGAUAUGGAUUUGAUUUGUCGGGCUCAUCAAGUAGUGGAAGAUGGCUACGAAUUUUUUGCCAAAAGUGUGGACGAGACUCUUAUGUGUUCAUUUCAAAUCCUCAAACCAGCGGAGAAGAAAAAAAACAACUACUAUGGCGGUGGCAUGCAACGGCCGCCGAAAAACAACAACAACAACUCCUCACAACCUGCUA